AUGUCCCAGAGCGAGGCGGCCAUACGCCGGGCGGGUGCGGUCGUGGCGCUCGCCGCGGCGUCCGUGCUCAUGGCCAUGGGCUUCCCCGCGGUCGAAGCGCGCGCGCAUGUCGUGCUGCCCCUGCACGCCAUCCUGCUGCUCGGCUGCGCCGCGGUGCUGCUCUCCCCGGCGCACGGCGCCGUGGCCGACCUCGCGCGCCGGCGCCGGGCCACGGAGGCUGCCCGGGGGACGGCGGCACUCGGCGCGUCGGCGCGUGUGCCCGCGGGAUUUUCGCUGCGGUGGCUCGGCUUCGCCGGCAUCGUGCUCUACACGCUCUACGUGACCGGCUACGUCGCCGCGCGGAACGAGGCCGCCGCGGAGGCGGUGGCGGCGUGGCCGGACACGGUCAGAGAUUUCCUCCUCUUCCUGUUGUUCUUGGUAGGAGUUUGGGCAGUCUGCCCGCCCAUGGUCAGAGGAAGGGCUGCCCCGCCACCGCGGUCGUCGGCAGUGGCGGCGGUGGCAGAGGAGGAAGACCCUGACAGCGUGGAGGUCAACGCCAUGGCUCCUGCACGCGUCGUUGUUGAAUCAAAGGUUUGGAAUAUCCAUGGCUUUGCUCUUACUUAUCUUGAAUAUCUAAAGGUCAGCCGUUUUAUCAGAGACUAG